AUGUGGAUCAUUAACUGGUUCUACGAUGUCCUGGCCUCCCUGGGCCUGCUCAACAAGCACGCCAAGCUCCUCUUCCUCGGUCUCGAUAAUGCUGGAAAGACGACCCUUCUGCACAUGUUGAAGAAUGACCGCGUCGCCGUCCUUCAGCCGACUGCUCACCCGACGUCCGAAGAACUCGCCAUCGGCAACAACCGCUUCACGACCUUCGAUCUGGGUGGUCACCAGCAGGCCCGUCGUCUCUGGAAGGACUACUUCCCCGAAGUCAGCGGAAUCGUGUUCCUGGUCGACGCCAAGGACCACGAGCGAUUCCCCGAGUCCAAGGCCGAGCUGGACGCCCUCCUGGCCAUGGAGGAGCUGGCCAAGGUUCCCUUCCUGAUCCUCGGAAACAAGAUCGACCACCCGGAUGCCGUCAGCGAGGACGAGCUCCGCCACCAGUUGGGUCUGUACCAGACUACGGGCAAGGGCAAGGUCCCUCUCGAGGGUAUCCGGCCUAUUGAGGUGUUCAUGUGCAGUGUUGUGAUGAGACAGGGAUACGGCGAGGGUAUUAGGUGGCUGUCUCAAUACGUUUAAGUUGGCUGGCUCGCCAGCUAGCUAGCUAUUUACCGCCUGUUGCUCAUUGACUCGAUAUAUCCAUCCAUUCAUCCUAUCCUGUUUCUUCCACCUGACAUAGCUAUACUUGUCCUUCCCUCCCUCUCCCCUAUCACCCUCCUCAUCCUGAAUGGAUUCUUCUCCACGCACAGGGAAGAGGAAGAAAUCCAUAUAUCUCGACCUACCCACCCACCUCAAUCUCAAUCAAUCAAUCAAUCAAUCCCUCUACUUGCUAUAAUAGUCAGUCAGUUAGCCAGUCAAUCAGGUAGGCAGCCAGCCAGCCAGCCAGUCAAUUCAAUGGAUGUCUGCUUGCUCGCUUACUCCCUCCUGGUUCGCUUUCUUUUUUUAACUUAACCGUUGUCGUUGUCUGUCCGUCUAUAUCUCCAUAUCUCAGCUUAGCUUGGCUCUCUCUAGCUCAAUUUGAAUCUUGAAUCAU